AACUUCCCAUGUUUUCGGCAACAACCCCCGUCGGUCGGUGCUCUCUCCCUUCCACAUUGAAUCGAUAAAUUGAUAAAAGAAUGGGGAGGAAGACGAAGUCCAGAGAGAGAUGUUUUGGGUGGUGUUUGGCGGCGAUUGUAGCGGUGGCUAUCGGGUUGUCCAUUUAUGUGCUCAUGAAUCCCAAAGAUGGAGGGUUCCCGGAGCCGCCGGGAGUCAUCAACAAGAAGUAUGCUGAUGCUCUCAAAGUGGCAUUGCAGUUCUUUGCCAUUCAAAAGGCUGGCAAGUUGGAGAAGAACGAAAUACCAUGGAGGGGGGAUUCGGCUCUCAAAGAUGGGAGUGAAGCAAAGAUUGAUCUGAGUAAAGGAAUGUAUGACGCGGGCGACCUCAUUAAGUUUGGGUUCCCAAUGGCUUACACCGCGACCAUGUUGUCGUGGGCCAUCCUCGAAUAUGGAGACCGUAUGGAGGUCGUGAACCAGCUCGAACCCGCCCGUGAUUCGCUCAAAUGGAUAACGGAUUUCUUGAUCAAUGCACACCCCUCUCCUAAUGUCUUGUACAUCCAGGUGGGGGACGCGGUACGCGACCAUAGUUGUUGGGAAAGACCAGAAGACAUGAACGGCGAAAGACCAUUGAUCCAAGUGAACACUUCUGUCCCCGGCACAGAGGUUGCAGCCGAAACCUCUGCAGCAAUGGCAGCCGCGUCCCUUGUGUUUAAGUCCACCAACUCCGGUUACUCCACACUGCUUCUGAAACAUGCCAAAGAGCUGUUUGUCUUUGCAGACAAACACCGCGGCUCGUACAGCCAAAACAUCCCCCAAAUAGCCAGUUAUUACAAUUCAACCGGGUACGGCGAUGAGCUCUUGUGGGCUGCAGCUUGGCUCCAUCACGCAACCGGGGAUCGGUCGUAUUACGAGUAUGCCACUGGGGAGAAUGCAGAUGAGUUUGUUCAGUGGGGGAGUCCAACCUGGUUUAGCUGGGAUAACAAGCUUCCAGGUGCUCAGGUUUUGAUUUCUAGAGUGAGUUUCUUCAAUAGAAAAGGCCUCUCAAACUCUGUAACUCUCAAGAAGUAUAGGGGCACUGCAGAAGCCAUUAUGUGUGGCCUCUUACCUACCUCCCCAACUACCACUUCCAGCAGAACAGACUCUGGUUUAAUAUGGGUAAGUGAAUGGAACGCUCUCCAACAUCCCGCCGCAUCGGCCUUCUUAGCGGUUGUUUAUAGUGAUUACAUGCGCACUUCUCGCACCACAAAACUGUCGUGCGAUGGAAAAGAUUUUACACCAUACGAACUCCGAAAAUUUGCCAUGUCACAGGCUGAUUAUGUGCUAGGAGACAACCCAAUGGAGAUGAGCUACCUCGUUGGGUACGGAGAAAAGUACCCAACCUACGUUCAUCACAGAGGAGCCUCGAUCCCCGCGGGCCAGAAAAGCGGUUGCAAAGAAGGAUUCAAAUGGCUCCACUCGCCCAAACCGAACCCGAACGUCGCGGUUGGUGCACUAGUUGGCGGGCCAUUUCAAAAUGAGAGCUAUGUUGAUGUGAGGAACAACUCAAUGCAGGGGGAGCCAACUACUUAUAAUAGUGCACUCCUUGUUGGUCUUCUUUCUGGUCUGGUCACCACGUCUUCUGUGGUUGAGUCCUUUAUAAUCCUCCGGUGGGACUCCACUGCGUCUGAAGCCGCCAGAGAGAAGAUGAUAUUCGGCGGUGACUGGAAAGAGGCCGACCUGUACUUGCGUGUUGUCGAUGAAAUCCAGCGGUCAAUGGAGUCGGCCACGCUCUCCGAUGACCUGAGCAAGGCCAAAUACUCGAUCCAGAUUGCCAAAUCAAAGCUUUUGCUUCUCGAAUUGGUGGUGAGGACGGACGAUUGAGGAAGAGAUGUGGGCGGCGGUUUUGGGUGAUGAGGAAUGAUUUGAGGGGGGAGAGGAACUUCUAGGUUUCUUCAAUAGGGUUCUCCGAUUUUGAGUAGUCGAUCAGGAGGAGAUUGGAAAGGGGCAUUUUUGGUCAUUUCACAUAGUUAGUCAACCUCCCAUAAAAAUGAUCAAAAGUCAAAACGUAAACUUUAAUACCGGACGGAAGGAGUAUUAGUUACUCGGUAUUUUAAAAAAAAAUUAUUGAUAGAUUUUACUAUAUUAUGACACAAAAAUUCAUUUUUAUUGUGACUUGUCGGGUCCCUUAUUCCACGGGGAUGGGCUUAGG